GUCUUUGGCAGUCAUACCCGUAUCCCCGCCGUCUGGUCGACAUGAGGAUGCCAAAACGACCGACCCAACCAAGCUUUCUCCUCAACACCGGUGCAGGAUGGACACAUCUUGGUGGCCACACCAUAACCGCUUUGAAUAGUCACCAAGAUUCACGACAUUGCCGCUCUGAUGUUGUAAUUCACUACACCCUCAUUCGACAUUUCCCCGCACACACGGUACCGAUAUGGCUAGCGGAUACCGAUCACGGAAUCACAAAAGGUGCUGUCCACGGACAUUUGAAGCGCCGAAGGCAUGUCGACACCAACCCGCCAUAUCUCGUCAUGCAUUUGAUCGAUGUGAUUGGCGUCACAAAGCUGUUAGACAAUAUCCUCUCUACGAAUAACAGAGAUAAUACUGUCUUCAAAACGCGCGGAUAACGAACAAUGCAUGCACAGCAUACCAUGUUGUCUACCGAGCUCCGAAAAUAUGCCUGAACCUGAUGAUCAUCUAUAUAAGAGGUUGCCUGAUAGGCCAUCGAUUUGAGUUCUUGUUUCUUCUUCACUCAGGCCAGUUACAUCCAACCACCACUUCCCUCUGAUACACCAACACUUGCAACCAAAACACCACCAUGGCUCCUUCCGCUGUCGAGGCCGUCCAAACCACCAUCAACGUCAAGAACCAAACUACCCAGCAGUCUGCUCCUACCCAGCACGCCCAACACGUCGAGCCCCUCAAGCUUUCCGGCGUUCUUGACCAGUAUGAGCACUUUGACGUGACUCCCAUCAUCGGCCGCGAGUUCCCCAAGGCCGACCUGGUCGAGUGGCUCAAUGCUCCCAACUCUGAUGAGCUCCUUCGUGAUCUUGCCAUUACCAUCUCCCGCCGCGGCGUUGUCUUCUUCCGCGCCCAGCACUCCCUAACCAACGACCUCCAAAAACAACUCAUCCUCCGCCUCGGCGCCCUCACCGGCCGCCCGCCCACCUCCGGCCUCCACAUUCACCCUAUACUCAACUCGGAACGUGAACUCGGCGGCAACGACCCGGAAAUCUCCACCAUCAGCUCCAUCCAACAUCGGAAAUUCUACAACCACACUUCCGAAGACGACGACCAACUGUCUCCCAAAAAGCAGUACACGGCCCAAUGGCACUCGGACAUUGCCUUUGAGCCCGUUCCCGCCGACUAUACCAGUCUGCGCCUGGUGCAGCUUCCGAAAACCGGCGGCGACACCCUCUGGGCCUCGGGGUACGAGAUUUACGAUCGCAUCUCGGAGCCGUACCAGAAGUUUUUGGAGGGGUUGACGGUUACGUUCCAGCAGCCGGGGUUUAACCGGACGGCGGAGAGGAUCGGGUUCAAGAUUUAUGAGAAGCCGAGAGGCGCCCCGGAGAAUGUGGGGAGUGAGCUGAAGGCGGUGCAUCCUGUCGUUAGGACGAAUCCCGUCACGGGGUGGAAGAGCGUGUUCCCCGUGGGGGGCCAUGUGAAGCAGGUGAAUGGGGUGACGAAGGAGGAGAGUGAUAGGUUGUUGGAGUGGUUUUUGGAGCUAUUGCAGAAGAAUCACGAUUUGCAGGUGCGGUUUAGGUGGACGGGGGAGAAUGAUAUUGCCAUCUGGGAUAAUAGGAGUGUCUUCCAUACUGCUACUUUCGACUAUGAUGGGUACGGCGAGCGGUUCGGUAAUCGUACGGUUGGAUUGGGAGAGAGGCCGUAUCUUGAUCCGCAGAGUACUGGCAGACGGGAGGCGUUGGCGGCGACGGGUGAGCUGGCUUGAGUUUGACCGCGCAAAGAAUCUGGAAAUUUCCAGAGAACAUUCUUGUACUUUGUGUUUGAUUACGUCGAAUGGGAAUCAGAUUCUCGACAACAGAUCUUGCCGUUCAACCCCAACAUGCUUCAC